AUGUCCAAGGCUGAAGUUGCAAAUGAAUUUCUUGGAAUAAGUUUUGAAUAUUCACAGAACAAACUUACUUUAGGCCAAAAAUCUUAUGUUGAAAAAUUGUUAAAUAGAUUUAGAAUGUUAGAUUGUAAGCCAUCUGAUACUCCUCUAGUGCCUAAGUCAACUUCAUCAAAUUUUGUGAAUGGUGAAAGAUUUCAUGGCCCUUAUCGUGAACUUGUAGGUGCUUUGCUGUAUCUGUCUAUGACAACUCGUCCUGAUAUUCUGUUUUCUGUGAACUGUCUGAGUCAGAUACAAGAACAACCCACUAACAGUGCUUGGGCUGGUCUGAAGCAAAUUCUUCGAUAUUUAAAAGGGACAUCUGAAUUGAAAUUAUUAUUUUGUUGA